GCGCCACGUCUCCUUUUUCGUGUCCUUUAAAAGCGCAAAUCAUACUGCUCGUUAUUUUACACUUUCGCGCCGUCCCCGCUAGGAGAAUCGACAAGGUAAACACACUUCUUGUUCCGCUAGGAGAAUCGACAAGGCUCAAUAGACAAAGAAUUCAGCCCCUGCAAAGAGCGUGGAAAUACCAGUUCGGAAAUGGCCAUGUUUGUGGUGGUACUGCUACUGGCCACACUAACCGGUUCCUUAUCCUUACACUUACAAGAUCGUCACAAGGAUCUCCCGUUGCACCAUCGUAUGACGUCAUCAGAGCUCAAGACAUUUUUUGACGUCGAUUCACACUCUGAAGUUCCUUCAUACGACGUCGUCCAUCCAUUCCAAUCCGAUGAGUCCGGUAACUUAUUUAGCUUCAAGCUCCGCCCACACGAGGAAUCAAAACAGCGGAGGAGUACUGGGCUCGAAGAACCCAACUUCCAUUACUUCAAGGUCCGAGCAAUGGGUAAAGACCUUCACCUGAAAGUCACUAAGAGUGACGACCUCUUGUCCGAGCAAGCACGUGUACACACCGUGCAUAAGGAUGGAAGCAGGACAAGCACAGAGGUACCGAGAGAGGCUGAGUACUACCAUGGUCACGUGACCUCGCACCCAGACUCCUUGGUUGCACUGAGAAUUCACGCUGGAUUGUCUGGUAUGAUUGACACCUCAGAAGACACUAUGUUCAUUCAGCCUCUGCCGAGUCGGCUCGCAAAGCAUUAUGGAGCAAAAGAUGGGGCCCAGCCUCACGUGGUAUACCGAAGAGCGGCUGAUGACUUCAUUGAUGAUUUCCCUACAAAAGAAACAAAUAACGGCCUACGCAUGCGUGAUAGCUCACAGCCGCUGGCCAAGCGUACAGGAAGAAAGUAUCUUGAGACCCACAUGGUUGCCGACCAGUUUACGGCAGACAAAUAUGGCGACGAGACAACGAACUACUUGCUGAUGGUCGCACAUGUGACUCGUCACAUGUUCCUGAAUCCUAGCGCCGGUGGAGUCAAAGUCAACCUCGUGAUCGUCGGGAUUACAAUCAACACUGCAGGGCUCGGUUAUGAUGCCUCUGCGUCGAGCUACACGCGUCUGGAUGCUCUUGGAUCAUGGGCGUCCGCGAACCUCCCGUCAGACGACAGCGAUCCCGCCCAUGCUGAUGUUGCGGUUCUUGUUUCGUCGGUCACAGGCGGACUCGCGUCUGCGGGAUCCACUUGUGGGAGUCUCGGAAAGGCAUUAGCAGGGAACUCAGGCAUCCAGGCCUCUAUCAUCGUGGCUCAUGAAAUCGCGCAUACCCUUGGUGUCGGCCAUGACGGUGCCUCGUCACGACCUGAUUGUCGAAAUGGUCAAUACAUCAUGGGUACUUCAGUGUCUGGCGGAGGCAAAGCCUACAAGUUCUCUCCUUGCAGUAGAGAGAAACUGCAGUCCAUUCUAACAGGUAGCUCGUGUUCGCCCCUUGAUGAUGCUCCUGGGAAAAUGGUCCACUCUCUGACUUCCUGGCAAGGGAAACAUCCUGGACAGAUCUACGAUCGCACCAAACAGUGUCAGAUGACGUAUAACAGUGACUACAAGGGUUGUGGACCUAAAAUUGGAGAUUGUGGCUCAUUAUAUUGUUCUAAGAACGGCGGCGUAACCUGCCUUUCAAUGAAUGCCCCGCCACUUGACGGGACACGGUGCGGAGUGCGAAAGUGGUGCAUUGCGGGCGAGUGUGUCGAUGAUGGUUCUUCACCUGUAGACGGCGGUUGGUCUGACUGGUCAGCGGAAUACUCUACCUGCUCUUAUUCAUGUGGUGGUGGCGUCCAGUGGAAAACACGGACCUGCACCAACCCCAAGCCUCUCCGGGGUGGUGCCGACUGUGUCGGGCCAAGCCGGGCACACUACAAGAUCUGUAAUCCUCAGCCUUGUCCUAGCGGGACCGAUACAUACAGGACACACCAAUGCAGAGCGAUAAACUUUAAGGCCCCUGAACCUCGCUACUCCAAAGGCUACGAAUGUGACCUGUUGUGCAUUGAGGGAAGUCUGAUGCAUCCUCGCGGAAAAGUUGGGGACGGAACUCGAUGCUUCAAGGACAGCAGCAUCAAAGACGUGUGCAUACAAGGGAAAUGCGAGCAAGUGGGAUGUGACGACGUACUUGGAUCAGGACAACGUGUUGACCGGUGUGGCGUGUGUAAUGGAGACAGCUCCACGUGCUCUGUCGUCACUGGCACUUACUCGGCACACUGCCCUAGAUGGGGGCCAUAUCCCGGAUGUAAGAUGUUUGAUCUCCCCGCCGGGGCCACAAACGUACACGUAGAGAAAACCAACGCGGACCACAAUGUUCUUGGUAUUAAAGACGCCUCGGGCAGCUAUCUUAUCAACCUGCCUACUUGGAGUACGACGGUAGAGGCGGCUGGCACGAAAGUCAUCUACAAACACGAAGAUAGUGUGUAUCAAGAUACCAUAGAUAUUCCUGGACCGACAAACGAGCAGCUAGGGCUCUUCAUGGUGAGUGUUAUUGGUUCAAAUAAGGCAGUCACGUGGAAAUACCUGAUUCCUGGAAAUUCGAGUGUCAGUAGUAGUGAUGUGGAGUGGAAGACUGGGGCCUGGAGCGCAUGCUCAAAAGCCUGCGGAAUUGGGUCUCAAGAGCGUGACGUGGCGUGCCUGCGCAAGGACGACAAAACUUACGUCAGAGAGAGCUUGUGCGCAGGCUCGAAGCCAGCAGCCAAUCAGGAAUGCGAGACCGCCAAGUGCGUCUCCAGCUGGUACACGACGGAAUGGAGCCCAUGCUCGGCCACCUGUGGCAAAGGUACCCAGUCCCGCUCGGUCAUCUGUCGCCGUGAGACGUUCACUGGGUCCAAGCAGUACGAGACACUUCCGGAUGCUAGCUGUACCGGAAGUAAACCUACCGUCACUUUGAAUCAGGAGUGUAACAAGGUCGACUGUCCUCCUGAAUGGAUGCCCACGGAAUGGUCAGCGUGCACGAAGACCUGUGCGGGAGGUCGACAAUCAAGGACCUUAUCUUGCAAACUGAAAGACCUGAACGGUGCGUACCACGAGGUGGCAGACUACCACUGCCAUAACGCCAUCAAACCCUCACGCCAACAAGCCUGCAACAGUGACGUCAAGUGCUUCAACUUCCUCGGCUGUUAUCGUAGUCGAACAAAGCCUCUUUCGACACUCGUCGCCAGCUUCCGAGGUAAUAUCGAUUGGUACGACAUGAGCAAGACCAUCGCCCAUUGCGAGGCAAAGGUGAAAGCUGAACAUCCCACAUGGACCUACUUUGGCAUCGAGUACUAUGGCGAGUGCUGGUCGGGGGAGAAUGGGGCGAGAGCCUAUGCACGUGACGGCAAAAUCGACUGUGAGGGGAAUUCGUACCAAGGGACCGGAGGGCCUGGCGUACUCGCUGUUUACAAAGUGAAUGACUCAUGAUUAUUUAAAGGAUAAUUGCUGUAUCCCGCCUUCGCACAUCCUACUUUUUCAAGUGAUCAAACAUAUUUAUUGAAUGUAAAAUAAAACGUUUACCUAUACUACAGCA